AUGCACAGCACGCUGCUCCGGUCCUCCCCAACAAAACACACAUUCGUGUCCGAGCACCAUGGCCCGCUCCAGCCGCUUUUAUUGAGAGACAUGGAAGCCAAACAGCACUCGAUAAAGAGCCUGAAAAGCUACCCGGAGACCGGCGGCAGGAGCCUGGCAGCUGCCGCCGGUGCCGGCUCGGCUGAAAUGGAGAUGGAGUCGAAGAUCCAGAAAGCCAUCGACUUCAAGGCGGAGGGUCACCGCUGCUACAAAGAGAAGAAAUUUCGGGAAGCGAUAGGCAAGUAUCACCGGGCGCUGCUGCAGCUCAAAGGGGUGCAUGUUGUCGACGGGACGACGGGCUCCGAGGUCAACCUGCUGAACCAAGCCGCCGCCAAGCUCACCGAGGAGCAGCGGAGAGCCGUGGAGAGCACCGAGAUAGAGUGCUACGACAGCCUGACAGCAUGUCUGUUGCAGUCAGAGCUGGUAAACUAUGAGAGAGUGAAGGAGUACUGUCUGAAGGUGCUGAGCCACCAGAGAGACCACUUCAAGGCCAUGUACCGCGCCGGCAUCGCCUUCUAUCACCUGGGUGACUACGAAUGUGCCCUACGCUACCUGCGUGAUGCCAAGAACCGUGAACCCACAGACACCAACGUGCUGAGGUACAUCCAGCUGACAGAGAUGAAGAUGAGCAAGAGCGGACAGCGGGAACGAGAGAGCGGCAAAGAGACCCAGGGCUAA